AGUGGGGUUAAGUUUUGUUUGUUGUGUGUGUCAGUUGCCAGACUUGAGUAAGACAAACUGUCACAGAAAAAGAGAUAACUGACUCAAUCUAAAAAACCUCUUACUGUAAAAACGUGAAUAUGGUGGAUUUGCGUUCUGGUACGAUGCGGCUUUACGUGUUUGCAUUGCUGCUCUUUUUGCUGGUGCUGGGAGUGUUUGAGUCUGUGGAAGGACGAAGGACUCGCUUUAAGCCAAAGCCGAAAGAGAAAAAGACAGAAAAGUCUGUGGAAGAGAUCACACCAGCUAAGGACAUCAACAUCAAUCAGAUUGGUGGAAAGUGGUAUCUGCUCACUGUAGCAUCAAGGUGCCAGCACCUUUUAGAGAAGGGCUUUAAGGUGGAAAGCACCAUUAUCAAUUUAACGCCCCCUGUCAGCCCCAGAUCGCCUCUGAAAGUGAGCACCUUCACAAAACUAAAUUAUCAGUGCUGGGAGAUUAAGCAAAACUAUGAGACCACCAACAGUACUGGCCGAUUCCUCCUCAAAGGCAACAUGCCAGUGAUGAAUGUUGAGAUCCUCAUCAUAGACACAGAUUACAGCUCCUAUGCCAUCCUGCUUUACAAGAGAAUGAAAAAAAUCACCAUGAAGCUCUAUGGCCGUUCUACACAGGUUCCUGAAGCUAUUCAGGAUAAAUAUGAGGAACUUGCAAGGAAACACAAUCUGGGGUUGGAUCUUAAUUUCCAGUUUCCUGAUUAUGGGUUUUGUGAAUCUGCAGAUAAAGAGCACACUUUAGUAAUGACCUGAGAUACCCCAGAUCCACGUGUUCUGAGAGACAUCUUUACACAAACGCAGCACAAAAUAAAGAAAUAAAAAUAAAAGAGAGAAAAAAUGUAAUCAUUGUGAUUUCUUGGCAAAUUUAAAAAGGUAACUUACUUCAAAAGUCUUCAGUGUUAAUUUAUUGCAGAAUAAAAUUGCCAUCAUGUUUA